AUGGCCUCUAAAUUUCUACGAGAAUACAAACUGGUCGUGGUGGGAGGAGGCGGCGUGGGAAAGUCCUGUUUGACGAUCCAGCUGAUCCAAAGUCACUUUGUCGACGAAUAUGACCCAACGAUAGAAGACUCGUAUCGCAAGCAAUGUGUCAUCGACGAAGAGGUGGCGCUGCUUGACGUGCUGGAUACUGCGGGUCAAGAAGAAUAUUCGGCAAUGCGGGAACAAUACAUGCGAACAGGAGAAGGUUUCUUACUUGUCUACUCGAUCACAUCACGGCAGUCCUUUGAAGAAAUCAUGACCUUCCAACAACAAAUAUUGCGCGUCAAGGACAAAGACUACUUCCCGAUCAUUGUGGUUGGAAACAAGUGCGAUCUUGAUGCAGAGAGGCAGGUAUCAAAGCAAGAGGGCGAAUCGCUAGCGAGAUCGUUCGGCUGCAAAUUCAUCGAAACCUCGGCCAAAUCUAGGAUCAAUGUCGACAAUGCUUUCUAUGACCUUGUACGCGAAAUCAGACGAUAUAACAAAGAGAUGUCAUCUUACGGAUCAGGCGCCCCUGCGAUGGGUUCGCAUACCCCAGGUCAGAAGAUGGAGAUGGGUGACUAUAAUGAAAGUGCUGGGUGCUGCAGCAGAUGUGUGGUCAUGUAG